GCUGCAGUCUCAUACCGCAAUGAGCCGUCAGAACAAGCUCCAGACGACCGGCCAGCAUCAUCUGCAGUGUCCUGCAGUCCUGCGGUUACACAGCUAAGACAGCUGCACUUGGGGUAGCUCCAGCAUCAGCACCCCACAUCGGUGCUAGCGCGGGACCUUAACCGAGUGUCGAGCUCCCGCUGGCCUCAACCGCGCCUGCUCCAUCCACGGAGACAUCCAUUGAGGCAUCCAGACACCAUGGCCGACUUUGUCAAGGGACUCUUCGGCGCCCAGAAGCCCGUGGCGGCGCCUGUUGACGAUGGCGACUUCGCCGACUACGCGGGAGCCCCCGACCCGGCCCCCGUCGACCACGCCUCGCUGACGGCGUCGGCGGUGCCUGCGGCCGCGACGGGCAUUGCCGGGCGCCCGUACACCAAGUGGUAUCGUGUGUGGGAGCGCACGACGGCCGAAGACUUCAAGCUGGAGAUGUACAUCCUGCCGUUCCUGCUCGCCAUUAUCAUCGUGCACGUCUGGGGCACCCGCCGCAACCGCAGCAAGGCCCGCCAGUGGGCCGUCACUCACGUGCCGGUGCUGCAGCAGGAGUUCGUGCAGGUCGGCUACCUCAAGCCCGCGGCCGGCGCGAGCGGCGUCGGCGAGGACGACCUCGUGGGCGCCCUGUCCGAGGCCUCCAAGCUCGACAACGUGCUGCGCGAGAAGAAGCCCGACGAGUUCACCACCUACGCCACCGGCCGCCAGAACGUCGCCUUUGUCGACUUCAAGCUGACCCUGACUAAGCGCUUCAACCCGUUCCUGCGCUUUGGCGAGAACCUGAUGCCGUUGUUCUUCGACAGCUGGCCUGCCCCGCAGGAGCGCCUCGAGGCCACCGCGUACGUCUUCGACGGCCAGGAGUCCAAGAUUGCCCCUGUCUACGGCAAGACGGACGCCAAGAAGGUCCCCAACAGCUCUUUCGACGGUUUCGUCUUCGCCGUUGUGCACAAGGACAUCAUGAAGCGCCUGCGCGACGACCGCUACGACCUCUCGCUGACCACCACCCGCGACCACGCCAAGCUGCCCGUGUGGACCACCGUCAUGAGCGAGAGCGCCGAGGUCACCGACUCGCUGCUGACCCCCGAGCUCGUCAAGGCCAUCGAAGAGGCCGGCGACGCCUUUGAGGCCCUCGUCGUCACCGACCAGCCCAUGGACCAGCCCAAGACCCUCGACGACACCAAGCCCCGCAAGCGCAUCAACCUCUCCCUCAAACUCACCACCUCCACCACCACCAUCCCCAUCUUCACCGCCUUCCUGCGCCUCCCCGACCACCUCGCAUCGACCGCGCACUACCGCCCCGAAGCCCUGCGCCGCAUCCGGCAAACGCGCGACGACCAGAUCGCCAAGAUCCGCAAGCUGGACGAGGAGGAGAAGGCCGAGGAGCGCAAGCUCGCGGCCGACAAGCUGAAGAAGGAGCAGCGCGAUGCGAAGCUCGGGCGGCUGAGCGCAGACGAGCAGCGGAAGUUCCUCGAGCGCGAGAGGGAGAAGAAGAGCAAGAAGGGGAUGAAGAGGAGCACCGUCAAGGCGUGAGACGUCCUGCUUAGUGCAGGAAGUGCUGUUGGAUGGGAGUCGUGGAGGCGCGUCGUUGGAUAGCCAUAGCCGGUGCAUGUCUGCUAUCUCGCAGAAACGCUGUUUAUCUAAAAGAGGUACGGAAGCAAGCCUCCGAUCAUGUACUACAUCCGCGUCCCUCCUGUAAACUGUGCACGAAGGGGAGAGGCGGUAUUUGUACACUUGUCGCGCGAGAAAUUUAAAUAAUAAUGCUUUGUUCACUG